AUGGACAGGAACUACCCGGCCGCCGGGUUCGGGGACCCCCUGAGCGCCGGCCCCGGCUGGAGCUACGAGCGCUCGGCCAAGGCCAGCCUGGUGUACGGGGGCUCGCGGGGGUCGCACCCUGACCCCGACCUGCUGCACCGGCAGCCCUACGGAGCCCCCCACCCUCUGCAGGGCUAUGCGGCCAACCACCACCCCCCAGGGCUGUCGGGGCUCUUCGAGACGGGGCUGCACCACGCGGGGGGCGCGGCCCCCGACGCCUCCGUCAUGAACCUGAUCUCGGCGCUGGAGUCGCGGGGACCCCAGCCCGGACCCUCGGCCUCCUCCCUGCUCUCCCAGUUCCGCACCCCGUCCUGGCAGACUGCCAUGCACACUCCAGCUCCGGCCGAACUCUUCAUCUCGGGAGCCCUUCCCGGCUCGGGGACCUUCCCGUCAUCGUCGGCGCUCGCCCCUUACCAGCACCCGGCGUCUUUCGGGGGCCGCAGCUUCCCGGUGGGGUCCCCUCUGAGCCUCCCCGAGGCCGCCUUCAGCCCCGGCUCCAACGGGCUGCUGUCCCCUCACGACCCCCUGCUGCACAUCAAGCCCACCCAACCCACCGUGCCCUCCUCGCUGGGCUUCGACCGCCUGGGCUCGGCCGUGCUGGGCUCGGCCCUACCGGCGCAGACCCCUCCGUACCGCCCGGCUCCCAGUUCCUCCCAGUUCAACCUGCUGUCAGCACCGCUGCCCGCGCCGGCCGAGCAGCCGCCGCAGCUCUACAACACGCCCGUGUUCGGCGGCGCGGGCGGCGGCGGCGCGGGGGGCGGCGGCGAUCGCGCCAUAUCGCGACAGGACAGCGUCAUCAAGCACUACCAGCGGCCCGCCGGGGCCCAGCCGCAGUUGCCCCCCGCGCCCGCCCACAGCCUCCAGCACUACCUGAGCUGCGGGGGCUCCUACCAGCAGGUGCCCCCUCACCGGGCACCCCUGUCCUGUAGCCCGCUGGGCGACCAGUCCCCCGCCAGCUCCGAGGGCUCGCAGCAGCCCCCCAAGAACGCGCCCCCCGGCGCCUCGCCCGAGCCUGGCUACCGGCCCAUCAUCCAGUCGCCAGCCUAUUCCGGCGGCAGCGCUGGGGGCAACGGGGCGGCGGCGGCGGCGGCGGGCGGCGGCAGCGGCGGCGGGGGCAAGUCCAAGAGCUACUCGGCAUCGCGGCAACCGCCCCGCUCCACCAACACGCCCAAGUGCCAGAGCAGCUACACGCCCAGCACGCCCAAGCCCAGCUCCGUCAUCGCCAGCCAGUCGCCCGCUUACUCGCCGGGCCAGCCCCCCCAGAGCCUGCUGGCCAUGGGGGGAGCCCCCCGGCUACAACGCGCCCGGAGCCCCCCAAAGCCUGGCGGGGGCGGCGCAGCCCGCGGGGGGGUUCAGCGGUGGCCAGGGGGGGGACCUGGGGCAAAGCCGCUGGCUACCAAGGCGGGGGGCAAGGCGGCGGCCAAGGGGGGCUACAGCCCUGCGUCAGCGCGGGGGGCACCUACUCGCCCCGAGCAGCUGCAGGCGCUGCCCUACGGCGUCCAGCCCGAGGGGGGACAAGCGGGGGGCUACGGGCCCCCGGCCCCCUCCCAAGGGCUGCCCACCGCCAGCCCCUCGCUGACCUACAGCACCGGCCACUCGCCCGCCAUGCCCGGGCCCCCGUUGCCCUACGCCGGCCUGGGGGGGUCCAGCCCUUCGCCCAUCAUCCGCCCGCUGCAGUCGCCGCCGGCCGCGCGGCCCCAGAGCGGCGCGUCCCCGGGCCAGUCGCAGAAGUACCUGGGCUCGGUGCUGUCGCCAUCCUUCAUGACCCCGCAGGGCUACGGGGCGGCUCCGGGGGGCUUGGAGCGGCAGCCGCCCCCCGCUCCCGGAGCCCCGCCGAGCUUCGGGAAGGGGGCGAAGGGGGACGCGGAGCUGCUGGCGGCCGAGCGCAGCGAGGAUGAGGAUUUCCUGAUCCAGCACCUGCUGCAGGCGCCCAGCCCGCCCCGAGAGGGGCUGGGGGGCUGCGAGGAGCGCGGGGGUGGCCCCAAGGCGCUGGGGGGGUACGGGGGGGCCCUGGGCAAGGAGGAGCGGUACCAACUGCAGAGCGUCAUCCGGCCCAACUCCAACCUGGAGGCGCCGCUGGAGCUGGCGCUGCUCAAGGAGAAGAAGAAGCCGGAGCGAGGGAAGGAAUUCCGGGGAGCCGCCGGAGGAGCCGGCGGUGGGGGCGAGGGGCUGGCGGCCACCUCGGUGGUCCACUACGGCCACCAGCCGCCGCCCACGCUGGACUCGUACGAGCUGAAGAAGCCGCCCGAACAUUUAGCCGGCGGCAAGGAACUGGGCCAGCCGCCGCCGCCGCACUCCUACCUGCCCAAGACCCCCGAGCACGGGCGGCUGGUGGGCGAGGGACCCCCGCUGGAGCCCCACAACCUCCUGCUGGACCCUUCCCCAGAACUGGGGGGCUCGCUGCUGCCCUCGGUGCUCACCCACACCCAGAGCCAGCUGCACCCCCGGCCCAAGGGCAGAGCCCCCCCGCUCGACGUUCACCUGCUGGAGCAGCAGCGGAUGCCGCCGCCGCCGCCGCCGCCGCCGCCGCCCCCCCGCCCCACAAUCGGCACCCCCCGGCCCCUCCGGCCGCCCCCUCCCCGCAGCUGCUGCUGGAAGCUCACCUGCACCAGGUGCGCUCGCAGGGGUUGGACCCCCAGGCCCCUCCGCCGCUGCCCCCCGACUCCAUGGAGGUGCUGCCCCCCCCCCCAGGAGAUCCAGGACUUCUUGGAGCCGCCUUUGGGCUUGGAACCGCACCUGGGGCAAAGCGCCGGGGUCCAAGGCCCCCCCGGGCACCUGCUGGACCCCGAGGGGGGGGUCCCGGCCGUGCCCCCCGAGGCCAAGGACCAGUUUUCGGAAGGGGGCAGCCCUGCGGGGGGCAAGGGGCGCUUCGUGCCCCUCACCUCCAUCUGCUUCCCGGACGCGCUGCUGCAGGACGAGGACCGCGGCUUCUUCCCGGGCAUGGAGGACAUGUUCGGGCCACCGCCCGAGGACUUCGCCAAGCCCACCGAGGAGGAGGAGGAGGACGGCAGCGGCGGGCUGGAGGCGCGGGCGGAGGGGCUGAAGCCACCGCCGCCCUACGAUAUGGGGCAGAGCUACCACCCCUCGUUCUGCCCCCAGGACGGCGGCACCGGCGGGGGGGACCCCCCACAACUGGGCUUGGAGCCCCCCAAACACGAGCUGCCCUCGACGGUGAACGCGGAGCCGCUGGGGCUGAUCCAGAGCACGGGCGAGGGCGGCCCCAAAGCGGCCCCGCCGCCGCUCAGCACGCCGCUCUUCUGCUCCUCCAAACCCAAAAAGCUGCUCAAAACCUCGUCCUUCCACCUGCUGCGCAAGCGGGACCCCUUCCCGCCGCCCAAAAAAACCUACGCGCAGGAGUACGAGUUCGAGGACGACGAGGACAAAGCCGACGUGCCCGCCGACAUCCGCCUCAACUCGCGCCGCCUGCCCGAUCUGCUGCCCGACCUCAUCUCCAGCUGCCGCCGGCCCCCGCUGACCCCCAUGGGCGACAUCGAUUUCUGCCCCCACCCCGGCGCCCACCCCGCGCCCAAGAAGCGAGGCCAACCCAAGCGAGAAGGGCCCCCCCGGCCGCGGGGACGGCCUCGGAUUCGGCCUCUGGAGCCGCCCGGGUUCCCCGGCCCCGAUGGAGCCAAGAGGCCGAGAGGGAGAGGGAGAGGACGGGGCAAGAAGGGAGGAGAGGAGGGAGACGGCGUGGAGCCGCUCAAGCCGCUUAAGGUGAGGAGUUUGGGGGGGGAUUUGGGAGGAAAAGAGGAGUUUGGGGAGGUUUCUGGUGGGCAAAUGGUCCCAAAAUGCCCCAAAAUUGGGAGUGAGGAUGGUUUGGAGAUCUCUGAGCCACUUAAGCAGAAGCUGCGCGAGGCCGAGGAGAAGCAGCCGGAGAUGAAGUCGGGCUUCAUGGCCUCCUUCUUGGACUUCCUCAAAUCCGGCAAGCGGCACCCCUGCCCCCCAGCCCCUCCAAGCCCCCCGCCCGCAUCACCACCCCCACCCCUUCCUCCUCCUCCUCCUCCUCCUCCUCCUCCUCCUCCUCCUCCUCCUCCUCCUCGGGGGGUGCCCCCCGGUGCUUUCUCGGUGCUGGGGGGGUCCCUGGAGGGGGCGCGGGGGGGCGGCGGGGGUGGGGAGGGGGAGGGUUUGGUCAUGGCGUGCCCGUCGCCCUGCAAGCGCCUGGACGAGGAGCUGAAGCGCAACCUGGAGACGCUGCCCAGCUUCUCGUCGGACGAGGAGGAUUCGGUCAGCAAGAACCAGGACCUGCAGAAGAGCAUCAGCUCGGCCAUCUCGGCGCUGGACGAGCCCCCCGAGCGCAGGGACGCUGAGCCGCACGGUGAGAGAGGGCGGUGUAUCUGCCAGGACCUGCCCGGGUGGCUGGAGGGCAUUGGGAGCUGCCAGGACCUGCCCCGGGUGGCUGGGAGGGCAUUGGGAGCUGCCAGGACCUGCUGGGAGAGCAUUGGAGCUGCCAGGACCUGCCCCGGACGCCCCCCCUCCAGAGGAGCCCCCCCCCGAGCCCUCCCCCGGCACCCCCGGAGCCCCCCCAGGCCGAGCCCCCCCCCACCCCCGCCUUACCCCCCUCCCCCCCCGCGGCUGCCAAGGCUGUGGGGGGCGGGGCUGGGGGUGGGGGAGGGGCAGCGGGGGGGUCUCCCAGCCCUGCCGGGGGGUCCCCCGAGGGCGCGGGGGGCUCCGGACGCGCGGGCGCUGCACCUGGCGCAGAAGCAGGGCACGGCCGCCGUGUGCGGGGACACGAGCGACGAGGAGGCCGAGAGCGGCGGGGAGGGCAUCUUCAGGGAGAGGGACGAGUUCGUGGUGCGCGUGGAGGACAUCCCCGCCCUCAAGCUGGCGCUGCAGACGGGCCGGGAGCCGCCCCCGAUCUGGCGGGUGCAGAAGGCGCUGCUGCAGAAAUUCACCCCCGAGAUCAAGGACGGGCAGCGCCAGUUCUGCGCCACCAGCAACGUGAGCACCCCAGAAACACCCCAAAAACACCCCAAAAUGCCCCCAAAAGUACCCAGAAAACGCCCCAAAG